AUGGGUCAACAUGGCAGACGCACAGGGCGAACCGGGCUGCGAAGGCUUGCUCAGUACAACGAGAAAGACAUGGAAUCCUUCGCACCCGGCACAGGCCUUAAAUGGACGGUGCAGACGGAGUCGGCGGCUAUGAGGGACCUCGUUGAGCAGCGGGAAAUCAUCUUGUUCCAGCAGCGGGAGUUGGACAAGGCCGAGCUCCAGGCCAAGUCGGAGGAGCUCGCGGAAGCCCAUCUCUCCCAGCUCAGCGCCGACAACCCCGUCCCUUCCGGCAACCUGAACACCUACAAACGCUUCUGUCACGCACUCGACAUCCCCAUCUACCCCAUAACCUCUCCCCUCCUCUCGCUCGCCAUCUUCGCCCGCUGUUCAACAAAAGACGGCUACUACUCGACUCUUAAGGCGGAUGUACAGCAGGUCAUGCUGGCUACGGCUGAGGUGUGGAAGGACGAGCCGGGGUUUGAGGUCUUGAAGAGUAUGGACCCCGAGGAAAGGGCGCUCGAGGAGUUCAUGCAGGAGCGGCGGAAGGAGAAGGAUCAGCCCAACGUCGCCGCUGACUCCUUCCCAUCGACCUCGAAAUCGACGAAGCGCUCGGCAAGGUCGCUUGGCGAGCGACCUAAUUACAAUGAGCAUUCGUCGGCCGAGGAGGCGGAAGAGGAAGAGGCUGAGGAUGACGACGAAGCCGUUGCGACUGAUGGCGGGAAGGGGAAAGGCAAGGCACGCGAGACAGAGAUUGUUCAGACGCCGACUCCUGGUCUGCCACAGCACGGCGACACCUUCGAGCUCCGGAAGACGGCGCACGUGCAGGUCAUCAAGGCCCUCGUUCCCGUGUACGGCGUCACCGCCCGGCUGAGGCGUCUGGCGGAGGACAUCGUCGAUAUCCGCUGCAAGCGCAACCAUCGCACGUGGGAGACGCGACGAAGCGGUCGCUGCGACUUCCACAUCUGCCUUCUCCUCAACGACGAGCUCAAGCGCUGGGUUGUCGACGGCACGCAGUCGAAUUACGCGCACAACCACAAUCGCCACUCUCGCAUCGUCAGCAACCCGCAUUGGCGACCGAAGGUUAACAUGCAGGCGGCUCGCAAGGCGCUCGGGAUGGAAGAGCCUGCAGGGAAGGAGUCGAAGGAAGAUAAGGGGCAGGAGUCGAUGGACGAGUCGGUGAGCGAGACGUCGGCGACGGCAGACUCGGACGACGAGGAGCGCCCGCCGAAGAAAAAGGUGAAGGCUUCGGCGCCUUCGCCGACGCCGCAGGACGUCAAGCCGGAGCCAGCAGACGUCAAAUUGCCGAUGCAAGAAGCGGGACCGAGUAUGCUUCUAGAUCAGAAGCCUUGCGCCACCCUUGCUUUCCCGCACCUCGCAACGCCCGAUCCGACGCCUUCGCAGAGUUCCGCCAACUCGUCUCAACACCCCUACACUCCGCCUGCCCCGCCUCCUCCCUUUGACAAGACCUCUCCAGCGUCUUUUUACCACGCCUCACCGGCUCUCGUCAUCAACGCCGUUCCCAUCGCCAACGUCCUCCCGCCCAUCGACCUCGCCGCCUCCCUCCUCGCCGCAACCCAUCCUUCACGCGUCCACCUCGCUCCAGCACUCGUCGAAGCGGGCUUUCGGACUGUCGAGGCUCUUGCGUUCCUCGGGUAUAGCUUGAGUGAGCAGUCGCAGAAGGUCGUGCUGGAUGAGCUGGAGCAGCGGGGGAGGUUGGGCUUGCAGCUCUAG